AUGGCCUUGGAUGCCAGUUCUGUUACUGAUGACAGUUUUCGCUCAGAAAAGCCUGUUUGUGUAAUCUGGGGAUGUCAGCUCAACAGGGAGAGCCCGGAAUACACAUUUGAUAUGUCAGAAGAAUGGUCCUGUGAGCAGCAAUUAGCUCUAAGAACAAUCUGCCUUGGGGAAAAUGCCAGAGAUGAAUUCAAUGUUGUAGAGAUCCUACCACCAAAGGGUAGCACAAAUUCAACUCCAGUGCGCAUUGCAACCUUGAAACUUUCUGUGCUUCCGAUGGCAACUCUAGCAGGUCUUGAUCUGACUCCUCCCAUCACAUUUAGGCUAAAAUCAGGAUCUGGACCUGUGUACCUUGCUGGACAACAUGUAACAGUUGGCUUGCAUUGGAAUGGAGAUGAUGAUCAGGAGGGAGAAUCAUCUUCUUCAUCACAGCAAAAUGAUGAGGCAGAAAGUUCUUCCAAGGAAGACUCACCUGUAAAACCUAUGAAACAUCCACCCAGCAAGCGAAUAGCUGCAGCCAAGAAGGAACAAGAACCCCCUGUUCAGGAGCCAGCUCUGACAAAAAAAGGAAACAGAGGGAGAAAGCCUGUUGAAAAGGGGGAACUGCGGCUAUAAAUUCCCAUGCAAGGUGAGAUGUGGCUUCCUUGAACCCCUUUGAUGGAGAAAAGAAUAAGACACUUUUCAAAUCCAAAGAGAUUCUCCAGAGAACAAGGUGGUUCUUAUAUGUUUUCCACAAGGCAUUCACUUACUGGAUAUAUACAUAUCUAUAUGGGCACUUCAUCCCUGAAGCAAAAACAGAUACUGCAAGACCUUGCUUUCAAACCUAUGCAUUUCUGGAAAUUUGAAGUCCUCUCUCCUAAUGUAGAAUGAAAGGCCAUAAAUGUUCUAGAUCUAAUGUGCACAUGAUCUACAAAUGGUUAAGCCUCAUUUUCUAUUUCAGGAACUUUA